AAACAUGCAAAUAAAAACUUUGAAAGAAACUAUAAAUGUGGGCCAAACGAAGCUCACCCUUACUUUUCGGAGCAUAACCCGAUUAGAGUUAAAAAAUUGUUAGAAAACCCCAAAUCUUAACUGGAAAAAAUUCCACACUUUACUAACAAAUUGGCGGAAUGCAUAAAGCGUACAUAAAUCAAGAAGCAAACGGAUAGCCAAGUGCGUACUUAAUCAUAAACAGCCACAAAUGAGUGAAACAAAAUCGCCGGCAACACGAGUCGUAUAUUUUUGGAGGUCUAGUUAUUCUGUGCAUUUCUCUGGGAGAUUUCAUGCCCCUGGAGGAUAUGGACUCUCAGGAAAUGAUUGACCUGACAGAUCUGGGGGAUACUGUGUUUGGCAAUCCGGAUGUGGAGACCACAGGAGCUUUGGUCGAGGCUCACAAUGAGGAGUCGUCACAGAACCCCGAGGAAUUGGGCACCUACUAUGAGGGUGAUAUAUUGAUCCCAUUGAGUUACAGGAAUGCCCGAUCCAAUGGAACGCGAAAUGGCAUCCUGGCUCUGAGUUCCCGCUGGCCGGGCGGCGUGGUGCCCUACGAGAUCAAAGGUCCCUUUACAACUCAGGAAUUGGGAAAUAUCAAUCAUGCUUUUAAGGAAUACCACACCAGAACUUGCGUGCGCUUUAAGCCCAGGACAACAGAAAAAGAUUACAUCUCGAUUGGGAGUGGAAAGUCUGGCUGUUGGAGCAGCAUCGGACGCUUGGGUGGCCGCCAGGAGGUGAAUCUUCAGUCUCCCAACUGCCUGCGAACAUACGGCACUCCGAUCCACGAGUUGAUGCACGCCUUGGGCUUCUUCCAUGAGCAGAAUCGCCACGAGCGGGACUCCUAUGUCCGGGUGAUGAGCGACAACAUUAAGCCCGAGAUGAUGAUCAACUUCGAGAAGUCCAGCUCCAGGACACAGUCCGGGUUCGGUGUGGAGUACGACUACGGCAGUGUGAUGCACUACUCGGCCACCAGUUUCACCCGGAAUGGCCAGCCCACGUUGAAGGCGUUGCGCGUCACUUCCGAUGCCAGCCAGAUGGGCCAACGACGCGGUUUCUCAGCCGGAGAUGUGCGCAAGAUCAACGCCAUGUAUAAGUGCAAAAACUAGAUUAAUUUAACAUGCCUUACCUUUAUGGACACCCGAUGCA